AGUUCUAAUCAGAUUAUAGGCCUAGUCAAUCGACUACAAUGGUUGUAGCAAUUUUGGUGAUCGGUGUGAUUACUUUCCUCAUUUACGUUAAAUGGCGGCAAACAUAUUGGACAAGAAGAGGCCUUCCAACGGCCAAAACCGAAUUUCUCUUUGGGGAUAUGCGAAAAGCAAUUACAGGCGUUGAACCACUGGCAGUAAGAACGAAAAACAGGUACAACGAAAUAAAAGCUCUCGGCGUCAAACAUGCAGGAUUUUACAUGUUUUGGCGGCAAAUUUAUUUCCCGGUUGAUCUGCAAAUUAUCAAAAACAUCAUGCAGCAGGAUGCAGACUACUUUCAAUCGCAUGGAGGUUAUUACCAUUCGGAUGAUGUCUUAUCCACGCAUCUAUUUACAUUGGAGAAUCAAAGGUGGAAGGAGUUGAGAGCGAAACUCACACCCGCUUUUACUUCGGGCAAGAUAAAAAUGAUGUUUGAAACACUGACCGAGAAAACUGAAUUGCUCAUUGACGCAGUGGGAAAACUAGCCGAUGAAACGGAGGGAUUUGCAAUUAAAAACGUUUGUGGAAAUUUCACCACUGAUGUUAUAGCAAGUUGUGGCUUUGGAAUUGAAUGCGACUCCUUAAACGAACCUGACAACGCUUUUAGAAACUUCGGAAAAAAGUUGCUGGUGCCAAACCUACUCAGAUUUGCUCUGACAAAUAUUGUCAAUUGGAACUUGCUGGUCAAGUUAGGAUUUACCGGCUUCGGAAGUAAAACAUCGCAAUUCUUCAUCGAUUUGGUCAAAGACACGAUAAAGCACCGGGAAGACAAUGAAGUGUUUAGAAAGGACUUCAUGCAUUUGCUGUUGCAAUUGAAGAAUCAGGGGAUUAUUUCGGAUAAAACCAACGUAAACAGAACAAAGUCUGAAGCAAAAGGGAUUUUGUCGGAAAAUGACAUAAUUGGGCAAUGCUUCGUAUUUUUUAUUGCCGGGUUCGAGACGUCUUCAAGUACCAUGACUUUUACCAUGCUCGAACUCGCCCAGAACCAGGACAUUCAGGAUAAAUUGAGGAAGGAAAUCAAGGAAGUCCUGGCAAAACACGAUGGAAAACUUACGUAUGAGGCUGCAAUGGAAAUGCCCUAUUUGGAUAAAGUCGUGAAUGAGGCCUUACGAAAAUUUCCGCCGCUGCCAUUUAUUCCGAGAAAAUGCACUAGAAACUACCAAAUUCCCGGCACCGAUGUAGUUUUGGAAAAAGGCACAGGCGUGCAUAUUCCAGUGUGGGGUAUUCACAAUGAUCCCGAAUAUUUUCCCAAUCCUGACGUUUUCGAUCCAGAAAGAUUUUCAGAGAAAAACAAAGCCAGCAGACCGGAAUAUAGUUAUUUACCAUUCGGGGCCGGCCCAAGAAUCUGCAUUGGUUUGAGAUUUGGUAAACUGCAAGCCAAAGUGGGACUAAUCGCUCUACUAAACAAUUUCAAAUUCACCCUUAACGAGAAGACGCCAAUGCCCAUCCAGAUAGACAGGGGGUUUAUAAUCACUGUGAAAGGAAACGUUUGGGUGGAUGCUGUACGACUAUAGUCUAGUCUAUGAGGGCGAAGCCUUUGCCUCUGCAAACACGCCAUGAAAGAAAUUAAUUAUAAUAAGCAAAUAAAUAAUUGAGAAUGACAAAA